AUGACAGACUAUGAAAAGAUGCAACGAUCUUGGACAGUGCUUGAAUCGAUAGCAGACGUAAAAAAUCAGCUUACGCCGUCCAAGAAUACACUCAUCGUGAUUCUGUUCAAUCUUAAUGAAAUUUCACGGGACUCCAUCGAGCAUUCAAUCAAGCGACAACGUCACAAGUAUGAGAAGCAAUUUGGCACUGAGUUCUUCAAAUGCAUCGUAUUAGAAACCAGCGAUGAAGUAGCACGUGAAUAUAAGAUCGAAAAAGUGCCGACUAUAAUUUUUUAUCGCAAUGGCAAUGAAUGUUACCGUCUGGUGAAACCAACAGAAGACGUACUCUUUAAAUCACUAGAUGACUUUAGUCAGAAAUCAACUCCUUAAUGGCAUCUUUUUUCAAUGUGCGUAUUUUACUUUUGAUACUUGUCAUGCAAGUUUCAAAAUAUCAACGUAGUUUUUGCUUGUGUAUUAGUGGACAUUUAUUGCUUGAUCGAAUCCACGAAUAAAAACCGAAAUGAGAUUUGAAAUAUGCUUGCUUUUGCAACUAUUUUAGUCAUUGGAAGAAUAUUCCUGUCUUUUGACUACCUUACGGUAUGAGAUGCUGCCUAGAGGUAGGUUCAGUAACCAGAUAUCCUCGCUACAACUAAUGUUAGCUAUAGCUCUGGAUAGAAAGCCGAGCUAAUACGGAGUUCUUGCACUCUAUCUCUUGAGCUCCCCAUACGCAUUGAAUAACUACAAACUAGCCAGGAAGGUAGGCGUAUGUACAACUUGAGGGUGUGAGUCUGAAUGUUGGUGGGUGUGUAUGUGAUUGUGAAUGUGGGUGGGUGUGAGUGAAGAGAAGACUCUAACACCCAUAUCCACAUUCUGAGAUCCAAAUAUCCAUCCAGUCCGACAAACAGAAUCAAACUAUAGUGGGUAUGCACACUUAUUCAUCAAAAGUAAUAGAAAUCAUUCAUACUGGACGAAAAAAAUGCUUCUCGAAUACACUUAGGGCUAUCCAAAAGGGUGUGGGUGUGUGUGGAUGUUGGUAUGGGCGUUAGUGGGUAUGGGUAUGGGUAUGGGUGUAAGUAUGAGUGUUGAUGGGUAUGGAUGUGAUUGAGGGUGUUGAUGGAUGUGAGUAUAGAUGAAGAGAAGACUAACGCCCACACCAAAACUCUCAACCGUUUAUGCUGGACAAAAAAAUGCUGGACAAAAAAAUGCUUGUCAAAUAUAAAUAUCUGUUUUGAUUGUUCGAGAGAGAUGCAAUUAGAAUCAGAGGCUUAUUUCAUUCAUAUAGUCUAUUCUAUAGGUAGCUCAAAUAACAAGGGUGGCUUAGCUAAAUUGAAAACGUUGUUUUGUUUCGUCUCCAAUUACAAAUCCUUUUCGAUAGGAUGGAGCCUAUUUAUUCUAGUGGUGAUUUCGAAAUUGAAAGCAAAGAAGAAUAGAGAAUAAUAGAAUGUCGACUUUGUGCAAAGCUAUCGCUCUUAUUGAUGUUUUAAUUGCGGUGUUAUGCGUUCAGGCGAAUCUUUCACAAACAAUUAUUACCGUGUCGGGUGCUUCGUCCGGUGCGGCAAUGGCUACCCAAAUGCACUUCGCAUUCUCGAAUGAAAUCAACGGCUGUGCUGUUCUAGCUGGUCCACCUUAUUAUUGUGCUGGCAAUAUCUUGACAGCUGCUGCAUGUAUGACGGGUCCGGUUACGUCGAUUUCAGUGCCAGUGCUCGAACGCAAAUUGAAAUCCUACGAGAAAGAUGGCAAAAUCGAUAGUCUAGCUAACAUAAAAGAUGAUCCGGUUUAUAUCUUUUCGGGCAGAUAUGAUCCAGUAGCUCUUCCUGGUUUGGUGAAACUGAAUGAAAAACUGUAUUUGCCA